CGCUCGCGCUUUUCUCUCCUUCUCCAAGAUGGCGGCGGUCGGCUGCGCGGAGGCGGGAUCCGGGCCAUCCGAGUGAAGAUUGUUUUGAUGGUGACCACAGCUUUGAGGACAUAGGACUAGCAGCCGGCCGAAGCCAACGAGAAAAGAAACGGUCUUACAAAGAUUUUUUAAGGGAAGAGGAAGAAAUCGCUGCUCAGGUCAGGAAUUCUUCCAAGAAGAAGUUGAAGGACAGCGAACUCUACUUCUUGGGGACGGACACGCACAAGAAGAAGAGGAAGCACUCCUCCGAUGAUUACUACUAUGGAGGACAGUGGUUCUUGUUCUGAGUGCCGGUAAACCAGUGUGAAGGAGGAGAGAGGUGGAGGGCUGGUAUUUUGGAGGAUUCAGCAUAGAAGAACAGUCUUCAUUUGUGAUACACCAGAUCUUUCGUCUUUGGAAUCGUCACAGAAGAAAAAGAAAAAGUCCAGCCCACAGGCUGCUGAUACAGCUAUGGACCUCUUGAAAGCGAUCACUUCCCCACUGGCAACAGGGUCCAAACCCUCCAAAAAGACAGGGGAGAAAUCCUCUGGUUCUUCGAGCCAUUCGGAGAGCAGGAAGGAGCACCACAGGAAGAAAGGGAGCGGCGGCGGCAGCGGGGAGCUGUCCGCGGAGGACGGCGGCUCCCACAGGUCCAAGAAAAUGAAGCCGCUCUGUGUGAACACCGAGACCCUGACCCUCCGUGAGCCCGACGGGCUGAAGAUGAAGCUCAUUCUCUCCCCAAAGGAGAAGGGAAGCAGCGCAGUGGAUGAGGAGUCAUUUCAGUACCCCUCCCAGCAAGCCUCUGCUAAAAAGUCCUCCAAGAAAUCGGCUCGGGAUGAGCAAGGUGCUUUACUCCUAGGACACGAGUUACAGAGCUUCCUGAAAACGGCCCGGAAGAAGCACAAGUCAUCCUCGGACCCACGCUCGUCUCCCGGCCCUGAAGGCUGCGGGUCUGACGCCUCCCAGUUCCCAGAACCCCACAGUGCUAACCUGGAUCUUUCGGGGCUUGAACCUAUCCUAGUAGAAUCGGACUCCUCCUCGGGAGGGGAGCUAGAGGCUGGCGAGUUAGUGAUCGAUGACUCUUACCGGGAAAUCAAGAAGAAAAAGAAAUCAAAGAAGAGCAAAAAGAAGAAGGACAAGGAGAAGCAUAAAGAGAAGCGUCACUCCAAGUCCAAGAGAAGUUCAGGACUUUCUGCUGCAGCGGCGGGAGAAGUCGCAGUGACCCCUGGACCUCCUCCCAGCACCCCCUACACUGGAGCAGCUGCCCCUCCCCCACCACUUCCCAGCCUCCACACGGACGGACACAGUGAGAAAAAAAAGAAAAAAGAAGAAAAGGACAGAGAGAGAGAAAGAGGAGAAAAGCCAAAAAAGAAGAACAUGUCGGCCUACCAGGUGUUCUGUAAAGAGUAUCGAGUGACCAUUGUGGCUGACCACCCAGGCAUAGAUUUUGGGGAACUUAGUAAGAAACUGGCUGAGGUGUGGAAGCAAUUGCCAGAAAAGGACAAACUGAUUUGGAAGCAAAAAGCUCAGUAUCUGCAACACAAACAGAAUAAAGCAGAAGCUACAACUGUGAAAAGAAAAGCAUCCAGCUCGGAAGGUUCCAUGAAAGUAAAAGCUUCCUCUACAGGCGUACUGUCACCCCAAAAGAAGUCCCCACCCACCACCAUGCUAUUACCAGCCUCGCCAGCCAAAGCCCCCGAGACAGAGCCCAUUGACGUUGCUGCUCAUCUACAGCUGCUGGGCGAGUCCCUCAGCCUCAUCGGACACCGCCUGCAGGAGACAGAGGGUAUGGUGGCCGUGUCCGGCAGUCUGUCCGUGCUUCUGGAUUCCAUUAUCUGUGCGCUUGGCCCCCUGGCGUGUCUGACCACACAGCUACCUGAACUGAACGGCUGUCCCAAACAGGUCUUGUCAAACACACUAGACAACAUCGCUUACAUCAUGCCUGGACUGUGACAGCAGAGAAUCCUGGGACAGGAACCUUGUCCUACCCCAUUGCUGGUGUGUGUACAUGGGACUGUUCCAGAGCUCUUCGCUGGCUGCUGGGUGUGGGUUUUAAAUUUUUAUAUACAUAUACAUAUAUAUAUAUAAUGUACAAUAUAUACAUAGAACUGUAACUACUUUGUUUUUAAUAAUCUUAUGAAAUGGCAAAGGUUUAGCCAAGAGGAAGCCUUGGCAUGAAUGUGGGCUUAGGAUUCUUUUUUCUCCUGUGGUGGGUAAAUCUGCCUUAAAAAUCAAUGUAACUUGGGGGCUGGGGGCUUGUUCUGGGUGCCAAGUGCAUCUCUAUAUGGACAGCUCAAAUGUGAUUUUCUUUCCAAGCUCAGUUGUACCUCCAGACCCAUCACCGACCAUUUGCCUUACCUGUCUCACAGUCUGAGAUGUAAUAGUUAAGAUUAUGGGAAGAUGCCAGUUGACUGAAAGUGCAAAAGCUUUCAGCUUGAAGCGUCUUAGGUGGGAGAUGAUAAAAUCAUUCCCAUCUUAGAGUUACUGCAGUGGCUUAGGUGAACCUAGUCGGGUUCCUUCCACUCCCCGCUGUACAGGCGUCCAUGUCUCAGGAUGUGUUGCGAUCAUUGGCAGCCUCAGUAGGGGCCGAGGCGCUGUCGUGAGCUGGUCCCGAGUCUUUGGCCUACAGAAUGAAGAGCUGGUAUCUUCCCUCGGCAGCGUUCGCUUAGCCACCAAGUCCUCACAGGUUCUGCUUAGUUGCUUGGUGGCUGUGGAAGAUGAACUUCGCCCAGCGGGAUUGUCGGGUGCAUAUUGGCUCCCCUGGUGGGCAGAUACACCGUGUUCUGCAUUCCACACAUAAGUGAAUUGCAAAAAAAGUAGUUGAUUCUCAUGUAGGUUUAUUUAUGUGCGCGUGUGAAUGUGCGUUUUAAUUAUGUGUAUUUAACUCUUUAAAAUCUCUUGGAUUUUAAUUUAUCCUGUAAAUUUCUGUACAUAUAAUUUAAUAACAAAGCCUCCACCAGCAACAGCAUGUGGAAGAUACAGAUGUUAGUGUUUCCUCCCUUCCUCCCCUGACCUCCUCUGACAACUCCAGAUCAUCUGCAUUUCAAGGUGUUGUGCCUCGGAAAGGAAUCAUUAUGUCAGGAUACUAAUUCUUUAUAAUUGAAUAAUGUCAAGAAAGUAAAAUAAAAAGGAAUGUUUCCAUUCCCAGAUGCCCUUAUUUCCAAAGAACCAGACUUUUGCUUCCUAGUUCCAAAGAAGACAGUUGAGCCCUUCAGAAGUGCUGGUAUUAACCUUGUGAGAUUCCCUGCCAGGCACCAGCUUGGAGGUGGCUGUGCUUGCUUCCCCAGGUAGAUGGCGCCCUGCGGCGUCCGAGUAGGGGCUUGAGGACAGGCGGCCGCUCCCAUGUACCUCCCUCCUUUCUCCCUCCCGUGCGGCCAUGGGCUUUGUUUCUUAAAGGUGUUCUGGCUGCUGACUGCGUUUCUCAACUCAGAUUUGAGUUGAGCAGUUUCGAGAUUUAAUUGGGGAAACAGAAAGAAACAGGAAUGUUUGGGAACCAAAAUCAAGAACAGAGUCUUGUUUUCAUUUCAUGUGUGAGAACCUGUGCCGUGUCUCAUCUGCACCCAUGGGAGCUCCCUGUUGGACACAGGGUCUCGGGCGGGGCCUGGAAGGCAGGGUCAGCACCGACGGAAGUCAGUCCUACCGUUGUCGUUCAGGAGGUCCUGCCGAGGGCCUGCUUUUUCUUUGUUUUCCUUUCAAGUCCAAUCCUAUGGUAUUUGUAUUUAAAAUUUGUACACAUUUGUAUAAUAAUCUGUAUCUUGUGGUAUUUGGUACUAUUAGAGGAAAAACUUUGGAUUCAGACCUUCUUGCAGUUUUUAUAUCAUUGUUUUAUUUUUUUUUAAAUAAAGCCUAGCGGUUUGAUCCAAAUUCCAUUACAAUUGUAUAAAGAAAUAAAGUUUUGUACUUAUAUUAUUAAAAAAUCACAUUUUUCAUAUUUAUAGUCUAGUCUCAGCUAUCUUUUCCCUGCUGCCAACCAAAGAUGCUCUAAAGAUGCUGUUUCCCACACUGUAUGCUACCAUAGUUUUCUUUAAAAAAAAUCCAUCUGGAAUAGAGGUCAGCUUUCUGAUCUUAGCCAUUUUCGUAACAUACAUCUUGCUCUGUUUCUAUUAACUUUGACAUUGU